AUGGCCGGGCUGCGGACGCUGCUGCUGCUGGGCUGCGCGCUGACCGCCGCCCGCGCCUUCAACUUGGACGCCGAGCGGCCGGCCGUGUACUCGGGCGCCGAGGGCAGCUAUUUCGGCUUCGCCGUGGACUUCUUCGCUCCCGAUCCCUCCUCGAUAUUUCUUCUGGUGGGAGCUCCAAAAGCAAACACCUCCCAGCACAAUGUGGUAGAAGGGGGCCAGGUGCUGCAAUGUAACUGGAAUUCCAACAGGAACUGCCAGCCCAUCAUCUUCGACUCCACAGGCAACAGAGAUUUUGCUCCUGAUGAUCCACUGGAAUUUAAGUCUCAUCAGUGGUUUGGAGCAUCUGUGAGAUCCAAAAAUGAUAAAAUUUUGGCUUGUGCCCCAUUGUAUCACUGGAGAACUGAAACAAAACAAGAGCGAGAGCCUGUGGGAACUUGUUACCUGCUCACUGGAUCCAAAUCUGUGGAAUAUGCACCAUGCAGGUCAACCACUAUUGAUGCAGAUGGGCAAGGAUUUUGUCAAGGUGGAUUUAGUAUUGACUUUACAAAGGGAGACAGAGUCCUGCUUGGAGGACCUGGCAGUUUUUACUGGCAAGGCCAGCUCAUUUCUGAUCGAGUGACAGAGAUUGUGGCUAAAUAUGACUCCAAAGUCUACAGUACAAAAUAUGACGACCAGUUAGCAACCAGACCUGCUAGUGCUGCUUUUGAUGACAGCUACUUGGGUUAUUCCGUGGCUGUUGGAGACUUCAGUGGUGAUGGCAUAGAAGACUUUGUAUCAGGAGUCCCCAGAGCAGCAAGAACUCUAGGCAUGGUGUCCAUCUACAAUGGGAAAAACAUGUCCUCCAUGUACAACUUCACUGGAGAGCAGAUGGCUGCCUAUUUUGGGUAUUCAGUGGCUGCCACAGAUAUCAAUGGGGACGAUUACACAGAUUUGUUUAUUGGAGCCCCACUCUUUAUGGAUCGAGGUUCUGAUGGGAAACUUCAAGAGGUCGGCCAAGUUUCCAUUUGUCUUCAAAGAGCCUCUGGAGGGUUUCAGAUCGCAAAGCUGAAUGGUUUUGAGAUAUUUGCAAGAUUUGGCAGUGCUAUUGCACCCCUGGGUGAUCUAGACCAGGAUGGCUUUAAUGAUAUUGCAGUAGCUGCACCAUACGGUGGAGAGGACAAGAGAGGACUUGUCUAUAUCUACAAUGGAAGAGCAACUGGUUUGAAUGCAGUUCCAUCUCAGAUUCUUGAAGGGCAGUGGGCUGCUCGUACUAUGCCACCCAGCUUUGGGUACUCACUGAAAGGAGCCACAGACGUGGACAAAAAUGGAUAUCCAGACUUGAUUGUUGGAGCCUUUGGUGUUGACACAGCUGUUUUGUAUAGGGCCAGACCAGUUAUUAGAGUGAAUGCUGCCCUGGAAGUUAAUCCAACCAUUCUAAACCCAGAAAACAAAGCCUGUUCACUGUCAGAUGUAAAAGUUUCAUGCUUCAAAGUAAAAUUCUGCUUAAAAGCAGAUGGCAAAGGAAAGCUCCCUAAUUCACUCAAUUUCCAAGUGGAGCUGCUGUUGGAUAAACUGAAGCAAAAAGGAGCUAUAAGGAGAGCUCUCUUUCUCCACAGCAAACAGCCUAGCCAUUCCAAGAACAUGACUAUUACAAAGGGAGGCAAAAUGAAUUGUGAAGAACUUGAUGCUUUUCUGAGGGAUGAAUCUGAAUUUAGAGACAAAUUAACUCCCAUUACAAUUUUUAUGGAAUAUCGUCUUGAUUACAAAACAGCUGCAGAUGCAACAGGAUUGCCUCCUAUCCUCAAUCAGUUCACUCCUGCUAAUAUGAGCAGACAGGCACACAUCCUGUUGGAUUGUGGUGAGGAUAACAUCUGCAAACCAAAGCUGGAGGUUUCAGUAAGAAGUGAUCAGAAGAAGAUCUACAUUGGUGAUGACAAUCCCUUAACGCUGACUGUCAAUGCAGAGAAUCAAGGGGAAGGAGCCUACGAAGCAGAACUCUUUGUCAUCGUUCCUCCCCAAGCAGAUUUCAUUGGUGUUGUUCGAAAUAAUGAGGCUUUAGCAAGAUUGUCAUGUGCAUUUAAAACUGAGAAUCAAACUCGCAUGGUGGUUUGUGACCUGGGAAAUCCCAUGAAAGCAGGAACUAAGCUAUUAGCUGGCCUGCGUUUCAGUGUGCACCAGCAAUCUGAAAUGGAUACCUCUGUGAAGUUCGACUUGCAAAUACGAAGUUCCAACCUGUUUGACAAUCUAAGUCCUGUAGCAUUCUAUCAGGUUGACCUUGCCAUUUCAGCAGCUGUUGAAAUCAGAGGCGUGUCAUCUCCUGAUCACAUAUUCCUUCCUAUUGCAAAUUGGCAGCCCAAGGAGAAUCCAGAAACAGAAGAUGAUAUAGGGCCUCUAGUUCAGCAUAUCUACGAGCUGAGAAACAAUGGCCCAAGUGCUUUCAGCAAGGUGAUGAUGACUCUGCAGUGGCCUUACAAAUACAAAAACUAUACGCUGUUGUAUAUUGUUCAGUAUGACAUCGAUGGUCCCAUGAACUGCACUUCUGAUAUGGAGAUCAAUCCAUUGAAAAUUAAGAUUUCUGCUUCAAAAGAGGAUGAGAAGAAUGAAACAUUUAGCAGGGAAGAUAAUCGCAAUCAUCGUAUCAGUCGGAGAGAUUUAACUGCCAUUGAAGGAGACGUGCAAACCUUGGGCUGUGGAAAUGCUGAUUGUUUAAAGAUAGUCUGCCAAGUUGGCCACCUGGAAAGGGGGAAGAGUGCAAUACUGUAUUUAAAAUCACGACUUUGGACCCAAACUUUCAUGAACAAAGAAAAUCAGAAUCACUCCUAUUCCCUUAAAUCAUCUGCUUCGUUCAAUGUUAUAGAGUUCCCUUACAAGAACCUUUCUUUUGAAGAUAUUCACAAUUCCACAGUGGUUACUACAAAUAUUACAUGGGGCAUUCAACCACAGCCUAUGCCUGUGCCAGUGUGGGUUAUAAUUUUAGCUGUCCUAGCAGGAUUAUUGCUCUUGGCUGUUCUAGUGCUCGUUAUGUACAGGAUGGGCUUUUUCAAACGUGUGAGACCGCCUCAAGAAGAACAAGAAAGAGAACAGCUGCAACCACACGAGAAUGGGGAAGGAACAUCAGAAGCUUAAGCAGAGUUUUAUCUGUAAGACAUUCUAAAACCUUAAAAUGCCUACAUCUUAGUUACAAAUACAGGUUUCCCCCCUAAGGAAAAAAAAAAAACAACUCAUGACUGCAAGGAUUAUGGUGUCAGAAGAUAUCAGCACACAGAUAAUGAGAGCAAUAUAUUUAAAUCCUCCUUUUUGUAUUAAUCAUGUCCAUACAUGUGACUAACACGUCUGCACUGAUUUGCGUGUGAAAACUGUUAAGUAAAACGUAGUGCUGUGAGUUUGCUUAUUGGGAUGCAGGAGACAUGUUUUUAAGAGACCGACUUUAUAUGAACUACUACACAGACUCCUUUUAUUAGGCUGAAGCUAACAGCUUCCAUAGAUACUUGAACGAUUACAUGUUGUUUCAACAGUUACUUUUUUCUGUACACUACAGUUUAUUUCCCACUUCUUGAAAGCUAGUUGCACAAAAAUGACCACGGCUUGUUGAAUUUUGUAAAAACAAACAAAAAACAAACAAACAACAACAAAAAAAAACUAACAAAAACCACUCCUUGACUCAUUAACUGUGCUGGGGAUUUUCCUCUUGCUCAAAAAAUACAUGAAAGAUUAUUCAGUGGAAUCCCAGAUGUGAUGCCUGUUGUGCACUCUCAUCUGCUCUCCUGUCUAGAGGUUCGUCUAGAGCUUUCCCUCUAGAUGCUACAGAUACUGUCCUCCAGGUCCAAGGUUCCCUACAAAAGGGGUUGAGCCUACACCACAGGAGGGGUAGAGGGCUGGAGAUCAUGUACUUUCUAUAUGGGACCUAACAAAAGUAUUCAGGGCAAGAUCUAAAAACUGUACUAUGUGUUUCAUGCAGCAAGAUCCACAUGUCCCACAGUGUCUUGGCAGCAUGGUGCAUUUUAGGAAUGACCAGGGAUAAGCCUUUGGACCAUGGCUGCCCACAGACACAUCUGAUGAGAAAACCUUUCUCCAAAGAUGAAACCUCCACAGGGUUUGGAGUCUGAGUCUGUAUAUUACUUGGGCUGGCUGGAUUACGGUUUCUGGCAAAGCCAUUGGUUACCUGAGUGACAGUUGACCUGAUGCACCUAGGAGAAGAUGUUAAUAAUUCUCACAUUGCAUAGUUGACUACAUCCAAGUGCGGGAUAAUAGUGAUAACAGGGAUGGUUUUAACUAUGCUCUGUGCCAGCCACCUGUGUCUCGAUUACAUCAGUACAUUAGCCUCACUUCCACCUACCCUAAGAGAGUGGUGAGAUUGUCAAAUGAAGCAGAGUAUAGCAGGCAAAAUGAAAGGGUUUUAAAAGAGAAGGUUGAGUUGGCUUGCUCCAAUUCAUUCAUUCAUUGUAUAUUUGAUUGCACAAAAGAUGUUUAAUUAUGUUCAGUACAUUUCAUUGCCAGAAGAGAGACUAUUUCAUAUCACUGCUGGUUUAUAUACAUAAAAUAAUGUGAGUGGGCUCGAGCCACUGGUUUUAGUUAUUCUUAGCUUAAUUCUCUCAUUACUGGUCUAGUAAAGUGAAGCCUCAUAUACUUACGAGAGCGUACAAAAAGUGUGUAUGCAUUUUAGUAAGUAAGUGCAAAUCAAGCAGGUAUUUGGCUCGCAUAUGUAGCUGUGUUGCACAAAUCUUAGAGUGAACAUACUUAAACUGGUAGAAAGAUGCCUUAUAUGAGACUUGUUUAUUCUCUAUUCUGGAAAAGAAUUCAGCCACAUACAGAAAGAAGCAUUCCUUCUCUAAUUAAUGUGAUUUGUGUUUAAAAAAAAAAAAAGUUCUUAGAGGGACAAAAACUCAUUUUGUAAUUUGUGGUUUUCAUUCACAUCUGCAUCUCUCCCAUAAAUGUUGCAAUGUCCAGUGAACCCAGAAUUACUUGAAACAAACAAUAUGAUUUGACUCUAAUUUCUUCCUCCUUUCUGAGCUAUAAAAUCCACAAAUAGCUUUUGUUAAGUCCACUUUUACUCACUAGACCAUAAAGGCAUUUGAGUUAAGGGAGACAGCAAAAAGGUUGUGAGGGCCAGUUUGUAUAUCACAUCUUGGUUUGUAUAUUAUCCAUGUACACAUUUCUAUUUUAAACAAGUUGCUCAGAUCUAAUUAGUUUAUUUGAGAGAAUAUAGGGCAAAAUUCUGUUUUCCCUGAAUUUCCCAGGUCUUUAUUGUGAGCAAGGUCAUGCUUUUGCAUUUGCUUCUAGUAAUGUUACUAGUAAUAUAGUAAGGAAUUGAGAGUCAGGCUUUGAUCCUGGCUUCAAAAUGUGACUUCUAUAAAACACAACUGUAGUUACUUACGCAGGCUUCUAUUUCUCACACCUUGUCAAUUAAUUAUCUAUGUGCAAGAAGGUUGUUUUUCCCAGUCUUAAACUUAGUAGGUUAAGAGGUUUAAGGGACUGCCAGACAGAUCCAUAGCUCUAAUUCUUGUGUGUUUCUUCCUUACAUGUACAUAUCGGGUUGACUUGAAAUUAUUUAGACUACUCGCAUGUCUAGGCACUAUAAGCAGAUGAGGAGAAAAAAAAAACAGCACAACAAAACAUGGUCAAGAUCUCUUCAGCUGACGUGAAAGGGUUUUUGUAGCCCUGUUAAUGUCGUUGCUAACUAUGUCUUAAUUUUACUGUGGCAACUGGAAAAUCGUUUUGCUGUUCUUCAAGAUAAAGAGGUACAUUUUGUUGGUACAUGUACUGUAGCUAUGGAAAGUUUCUUCCAUUUACUUAAGUUACAUAAACACUUAUUUAAACAAUUUUUAUUUUCCAACGUUCUAUUUGAGAAUAAAUGCAAGUAGUUACUUCUCCCACAUCCAUUAAUUUCCACUUUGACUGGUUAAAGAAAGAAAAGUAGCAUACAUAAAUGGAGCAUACAGAGAAUGUCAAUAGAUACAACAUCCCAAAUUCACUUUCAAGUCAUGUUAUUCUUUCAGGAGGGUUCUGAAGAGACUGCUUUUCUGAAGGGAUGUACAGGCAGGGAUGUACAUUUUGCAUUUUAAACUUGAUAGUAUGGUUAAAGAAAACACAUGCACUUGUGUCACUAUAAAUUUUACAGUGGCAUACAAGCAUUGAUGUAUUCUUAUAGCACAUAUUUUAGAGAGACGUUAAAACUUUCAAAUAAACUUAAAAAAUGUAUUUUGGAGUGAAAUUAAUGCCCUUGAGUCGAAACUAAUGCAAAUAAGAUGCAUACUGCAAGCAUUAAGAAGCAGCCACUAGAAAUACAGUAUCAAAUAAUUGUCUUAGCCUUCUUUUCAGAGAGUUAUGUUUCAGAAGCAAAUGUUUAUGUAUAUAGUAUCAGGAACUACGUAAUUCUUUAGCCAAUGGAAACAUUAUCAAGUGCUGUAUCUUUUACAGUGAAAAAUGAAAUAAUGUAAAUGUGAAGAGGAGGAUCUAACUGAACGGUUGUUUCUCCCAAGAAACACUACCAAAUUGAGAUAGCUUUUGCCUAACCAUGACUGCAAAGUCAGACAUUUAUUAACAUAAAUGGAAAUAUUUGAGAGAUGUCGACGGGGUUAGUACCAAGUUUAUCAUUUUACUUGUCCCACUGUUCUAAAUUGUGAUUGACGUGUGGAUCUUAGAUUCAUGUAAUGCUUAUGAAACUCUUAAGAAAGUUUAUUAUAUAUGUACUUUCUUAAAAAAAAAAAAAAGUUUAUUCCAAGCAGAGGCUUCAAUGUUUUUAUGUUUCUCAAUUUGUAACUAGGGUUAAACAGCCAUUUAGCUAAACUCUCAUGAGUAUUUAAAAAAUAUUCUAGCUGUAAUCAGCAUGUUCUUGGUCCUUCAAAGGAUUCAUGUUGCACUUCAAUUUUCUGCAACACUGAGCUCUACUGAUGGUUAUCCCUAGGUCCUGAAGUAUUUAUCCCAUCCCAUCCCAUCCCAAAUAGUCAGCAAUAGACCAACAUUACACUGGUGAAAAUCCAGUUAGUUUUUUUUUCUUUGGUCUAUAUCAAGCCACAGUCCAGUGAAAUGACAGAAAACCUUAAAUUCACUGCAGUUGCCUUUCAAUUAUACUCUUCACGUUCAAUGUUAAUAAGGAAGACAAAACAAAGGAGUUCAUGAAAUGAAAAUGGAAGUCCAGUAUAAAAAGUAGUUGGCAGACCAAAGAUGAGCAUUACGGUGAAGUCAGAGUUCUUUGUUUGCUCACUUGAGUGAUGGGAUGAACCCAUAAGUAGUGGCAGUGGCCUUCAAUUACAAACAAAUGGCAUACAUUGGAGCAUGAUUCCAUGCUGAGCUCUACUGAUUCUCACAGAUGGGAGUGGGAUCUGAGCUCUUUGGUACAGAAUCUCUAGCUUCUCAUUCCCAAGUGCAAUAUACCAUGAUCAGAACUAGUUCACUGCCAAGAUGUCUGGUUUUGUUUGUCUAGGAAGGGAUGUAGCAUUUGUUGACUUGCAGCGGUCAAUAUUUUUCAAAACUUUAACAAAACUAGUGUGACGAAAUGAAAUGAUAAAUGAAUGGUGUAGAAAGAUGUUGAUCCACCCACAUUGGGUGAAACAAGAUGUAUAUUCUAACCUAUAUCCAUUACUAAAUGUUGAAUUAUUGAGAAUUGGUACAAUAUUCUUUAAGUCGACUCUUGAAAACGUGUCUAGAGGCUGUACAAAAAUGGGUUUGAGUCUGUAGUGCUACUGCUGUUUCAUAGAAUGUUGGUCUUUUUUUUUUUUUUCCAUUGUGUAAAAGUUUUCAAUAA